CCAUCGACCCGCUCCGGCUCCACUGCUCGGGCCUGUGCGUCGGCAGGAAGUGGCUGGUCGGUCGGGGGCAGCGGCUGUUGCCCGGGUCAGAGGUGGAUGGCGGAGAGAGCGCACGUCAAAGGCCUUCUCCAUGGAGUGCGGCUCCUCUGUGAAGGACACAUAAUCGCUCUUCUCUGGCAUCUAGAGUGAUCAGCUGGUCGGCCGGGGUUCGAGAACGGAGCUGGAAAGAAGGACCGUGCGGGGCGACUGUGAGCUGAAGAGUUGACCCAUCUCUCGGUUGAAGGAUCAUGGAUCCUCUGGGAGCUCGAUCUCCGAUAGUGGACAUUCAGCCUCUCCCCUGCUGGGGCUAUGGUCCAGCUAAACCUGACACAGCAUUCGAUGGAUUUAAUAACGAAAUGCACGCAGACUGUUCCAUCUCCUCCCCUUUCCCUUAUCGCAAAGAUGUUAACAACAAAGUCAUUCUUUGGAAAGGGGACGUGGUGCUGCUGAGAUGUACGGCUAUUGUGAACACGACGAAUGAAGCACUAUUUGACAAGAACCUCAUCAGUGAAAGCAUCCACCUCCACGCAGGGCCCGAACUCAGGGACGAGCUGCAGAAAUUGAAAGGUUGCCGCACAGGAGAGGCAAAGAUGACCAAAGGGUUUAACUUGGCUGCAAGGUUUAUUAUCCAUACUGUCGGGCCACGAUACAAUGCCAAGUACAGGACAGCUGCUGAGAGUUCCUUGUACAGUUGCUACAGAAGUGCGCUUCUAUUAGCCAGGGAGCACUCAAUGUCUUCACUGGGACUGUGCGUCAUCAAUACACCAAAAAGGGGCUACCCUUUGGAGGAUGCUACCAACAUUGCUCUGAGAACAGUCAGGCGAUUUUUGGAGAAACAUGGAGACACCAUUGAGAAAGUUGUAUUUGCCGUUACAGAUGUAGAAGAGAUAACAUAUUUGAAACUGAUGCCUCUUUAUUUUCCACGGUCAGUGGAGGAGGAGAGGAGGUGUUUGCCGAUUCUGCCUGCUGAUGUAGGGAAUGCCGAGGGGGAGCCGGUCAUAGCCGAACGCCAGAUUCGGAUAUUGGACAAGCCGGGGAUACUGCAUUCUGACGCCGAAUCUGAUGAGGAGCAUCUUGAGCUGGAAGACAUUGGGACACAUGCAUUUGCAAAGAUGGAAGGAGAUAUAGAUAAACAGAGACGGCAGAUUCUCCAAGGGCAGAUGUCAGAAGCAGCUGUUCAAAAAGCUCAUCAAAGAAACUACAACCGCUGGCUAUGCAGAGCCAGAGCAGCUGAUCUUUCUGAUGUCGCUUCAUUGAAAGCUUUAUACCAGACUGGAUAUGAUAAAAGUGGCCAUAUAGUAGUGGUGAUAGUGGGAAGGAACAUUCCUGUACCACUAAUAGACCCUGAUAAGGCUCUCCUAUAUUUCAUCCACAUCAUGGACCACAUUGCCAUGAGGGAGUUUGUCAUGGUGUACUUUCAUACACUAACCAGUGACUACAAUCAUCCCGACUCAGAAUUCCUGAAAAAGCUGUAUGACGUCGUUGAUGUGAAGUACAAAAGAAAUAUGAAGGCGUUUUACUUUGUCCAUCCAACAUUUCGGUCCAAGAUGAUGACGUGGAUCUUCACAACGUUUUCGGUCUCGGGUUUGAAGGACAAGGUGCACUACGUUGAGACUCUCCCACAGUUGUUUACUCUGAUUUCUCCAGAGCAGAUUGACAUUCCUCCCUUCGUGCUGGAGUACGAUGCUAGGGUUAAUGGACCUUACCGGUAUUCCUCUCCUGACUGAAGAAAUGGCAUGUGUGGCCACACAUAAUGAACUGGAUGUUCUGAAUGAAUAUAUGUUUAUAGUAAUGGAGCUUUUAUUUCCUCAAGAUUUUUUUAAAUGUUUUUGAAGCAGCAAUCAAAUAAUUGUACUUGUGAUAAAUUGCAAAGGGACAGCAACUAUUAUUUUUGAGAUUUAAGCUUUUACAAUGAGUUUGAUUGAUGAAAUUGAUUCCUUUAAGGUCGCUUAUUUUAAAUAUUAAUAGCUCUAGGUUUUCUGCCUUCAGGUAUAAUUAAUUCCCAUUGAAAAUUGUGGAAAUUGCUGGAGGUGGAAAGCGGGUGGAUAAACUAUAAUGUAAAGAUUUCUUCCAAAGAUAACACUUUGGGUCAAAAAAUCAAGUGUUUCGGUCCCUGACUCCCUGAUACCAUAACCGAGUCAUCACCUUUCUUGCCAAGAGCAUUUGUCUUUUAGUACAGGGGAUUCAUAUUUUAACGCUUCAUUAGCAUUUUUUUUUUUUGCAAUAGAUUUGUUUUAAAAGAAAAUGGAUAGGAAAGGUUUAGAGAGACGAGGGCCAAACACAGACAGAUGAAGAAUUGAAAUGAUCUGAACAGAAUGGAUCCAAUAUGGCCCUGUAGUCAGGCAAAUAUGAAUGUGUACUUGGAUUAAUGGGACCAGUUUAGAGGGGUCAGCAUGGAUGAGUUGGGCCGAAGGACCUGUUUUUGUGAUGUAUGACUAACUCUAAUAGACACAAGGAGCUGCAGGUGCUGGUUUUCAAAGAAAGACAUGCAGCGCUGGAGUAACUCAGCGGGACAGGCAGCAUCUCUGGAGAACAUGGAUAGGUGACGUUUCAUCACAUUGUGUAGAACACAGGAGUCCGAAGUAGGGUCCCCGGCCGAAUUGUCGCCUAUCCAUGUUCUCCCGAGAUACUCCCUGACCCGCUGAGUUACUCUUUGUCUUUUUUUCCACUGGCUAUCUAUUCCUGACCUCCAUGCUGGAGUAUGUCCUCAGGUGUAAACCAGCAUCUGCACUUCCUUGUCUCCUACUCAGGGUACUUGUUGAGAGUUAGCAAAAUAUUUUUACAUUGCCUUUGGUAAACAGGAUGCAUAGCUUUUAAUUAAAAGGCCCUUGAGAUAAGGAGUCAUGUUGUUGAUUAUGUUCUAAAAGUUGACAUAUGAGUGUUGGAAAGUCUAAUUUUAACGCAACUCUUCCUCCACAGAUAAUUGAUCUGUUGUACAGUGAGCUUAAUUUCAACACUGCCAGCUUCAGACCUUUGUACAUCUUCUUGUCGUUUGGGCUUUCCAAAUUGGAUUUCCUAAUUGAAAUUGUAUUGAAUGAUCUUUGUUUGCAGCAAGAAUUAUCAGUAGCACUCAUGUGAUAAUUGGAUUUUAUUGUGCAGCUUUGCUGAGAGUCUUUCAAGGUAAUUGCUAUCUAUUAGUUCCAUUUAAUAACAUCUGAUUUAUUACAAAAAACAUCUAUGCUUACUGCAGAAGUGAAGCUACUGACCAGAAUUUGGUUUGGUUUCCAUGUAAACACCAUGCAGAAUGUCUUGUUCAUAUAUGGUUUUAAACUUUGACAGAACACAGACUGGUACAGUGCAGACUCGUGCUCAUUCAUGCCCAUCUCACCAAGAUCUGCACAUCCCAUUUGCCUAAAUUAAGGUCCACAUCUCUCUAUCCGUUCCCAUCCAACUACCUGCCCACACACCCUUUAAAAUGCUGAAAUUGUGCAGAACAUAGAAUGAUACAGCACAGAAACAGGCCCUUCAGCCCACAAUGUCCAUGCCGAACACGAUGCCAAGAUAAACUAAUAUUUUCUGCUGCACCCGAUCCAUAUCCCUCCAUUCCCUGCAUAUCCAGGUGCCAAUCUAAAAGCCUAUCGUAUCUGCCUCGACCACCACCCCCAGCAACAAUUUCCAGGCAAUUUGUCAUUAUGUGUAAAACCAAACUUGCCCCAAACAUCUCCAUUCAUCUUUAUACCUCUCACCUUGAAGCGAUGCCUUCUAGUCCUUGACAUUCCCACCCUGGGUAAAAAGGUUUCUGACUAUCUACCUCCAUCUAUGUCUCUCGUAAUUUUAUAUACUUCUAUCGAGUCUCCUUUCAACGUCUGAUGUUCCAGAUAAAACAAUCCAAGUCUGUCCAACAUCCUGGGAAUAUGCCCUGGACUCAAAACCUCUGACAUGAUUAAGAUAAAUUCAAAUUGUUGUUGAAUAUUUAUUAGAAGCCGUUUGGCCAAUAUAUGAUCAAAAUAUGAUGGACAGUAACACCAGUUAAAUACAUCAAUGCUGAUAUUUGUCAACGGCAAGGUUGAAUCCAGUCCCAGGUAUAAGUAUAAUUCUGGGCCAUAGUUAGUUUUUUGGAGCGGAGGAAGUGGAGUUUAUAAUCUAUAACAAACUCACUGUAAAAAUGGGCAUGUUUUUAGUGAAUUGCUUCAUACUAUCUCCCAACACAGAUGGUUCCACAGAUGCCAUGCUGGUCCAACUGGUGAAUUUAUAUCAUAUUGGGAUUAUGUGCCAUUUUCAUAUUUUGGGUUUUGUACAUCCAUAAGUCAUGGGGGCAGCAUUGGGCCCCAUCAAGUAUACUCUACCGUUUAAUCAUGACCAAUCUAUCUUUUCCUUUCAACCCCAUUCUCCUGCCUUCUCCCCAUAACCUUACUAAUCAAGAAUCUGUCAAUCUCUGCUCUGGAAAUACCCAAUGACUUGGCCUCCACAUCCAUCUGUGGCAAUGAUUCCCACAGAUUCACCACGUUCUAGCUAAAGAAAAGCCUCCUCAUCUCAAUUUCUAACGGUAGGACCUUUUAUUCUGAGACUGUGUCCUCUGAUCCUAGACUCUCCCACUAGUGGAAACAUUCUCUGAUGGAAGUGUUCCAAAAUUCAAAAAUAAUCUUGUUCAAGUCUUUCUGAUUUUU